AACUAAGGCUGCUAUUUUUUCUUUCAAGUCCUCUCUCUUGAACCAAACCACUAAUUUUCUUUUCUCGCUAUAUAUAAUUCAUGGACGGUUUCGAUGAUCCCGUGGUCAUAAUCGACAUUCCAGAGGAUCUGGAAUUCAAGCAGUGGUCAAAGUGUUGGAUCCACAGAGUUCCCAGGAAUCUCCGCAAGGUAAAGGAAGAUCUAUACACUCCUCAGCUGAUUUCCAUAGGCCCUUUUCACCAUGGCAAAAAAGAAUUGAAGGCCAUGGAUUUCUACAAAGAAAAAUACAGGGAUGAGCUUUUUAAGCGCAUUGACGAGCCUUCUAAACGCGCCGAGAUCGUCAACAGGAUCACGAAAUUCAUAGAAAAUGGCUCCAAAGAGAUACGCAGUAGGUAUGCCGGGACGAUCGAUCUCGACGACGAACUGUUUGUGAAAAUGAUCCUGAGAGAUGCUUGUUUCAUCAUCGAGCUGUUCCAGCGAAAAGACUGCAAAGCAGAGUCUGGAAUGGACUACAUACUGAGCACGCCGUGGCUGUGGAAAGCGGUGAAGGUUGACUUGUUGUUGCUGGAGAAUCAGCUUCCGUUUUCGGUUCUUCAGCAACUGUAUGAACUUCUCAAGCCAUUUCUGCCUGCUGUCAAAGUCCCUCCGAGUGAUUCCACCGCUAAAAAAACCGCUCUUCACAUGCAUCCGUUUCUUAGACUCGCCUGUUCUUUCUUCGAAGAUCACAUCUUGACCGAAUCCGAUUGGAAGAAGUUCGCUGACCUUAAGGAGGUUAAGCACCUGACGAACUUGCUGAGGGAGUUUUGGCUUCCAAAGGAGUUCAUAAAGGAUAAAAGUCCGCACCAAGACGUAGCGGACCGCAGGUAUCUCUACUCGGCGACGAAGCUGGACAAAGCCGGCGUGACGUUCAAGCGGGCGAGGAAAGGGAAAAGCCUAACCGACGUGAAGAUUUCGAGGAAGCCCGUCUUGAAGUUCAUACCGGGCAUCAAUUGCAUGCAGCUUAAGCUUCCGCAGUUGAAGUUAGAGAACGACACGGAGUGUUUGUUGAGAAACGUCAUGGCCUUGGAGCAGUGCCUGUAUCCGAAGGAGGACUACAUCUGCGGCUACAUCGCGUUGAUGGAUCAGCUUAUCAACACCGGCGAAGACGUCGAAUUCUUGGUCGAGAGGAAGAUCCUCAUCAACUUACUGGGCAGCAGCAAGGAAGCAGCCAGGCUGUUCAAUGGACUAUGCAGUCAGAUUCCGAGAUACAAGUCCUACUAUGCUUAUUACUACAAUGAACUCAAUACAUUCUAUGAGAAUCGUUGGAAUGUUACAAGGGCAACCUUGAAAAAGGUUUACUUCAAGGAUCUUUGGACUGGGAGUUCCACUGUUGUUGGACUUAUGGUUCUGCUUUUCACUAUAACCGCAACUACUAGAAAUGUAUAUUUGAGAUAAGUGUUUUUUUUUUUUUUUUUUUCAGAUUAAUUAUAAAUCUUCUUUUUGCCAUGGUUA